GUUUAGAACGGUUUCUUAUUGGGAAUCUAGGGCACUAAGUAGGAUGUAGUAGUUAAAUCAUCCAUUCCCUCACUAGUGUACUUUAAUAGGGAAGAGGAAUGCUGUUGAGAUGCAGUAAAAGAAAGCUGAAGAGGUUUUUAAGUAGCUCGUGCAGUGGACAGUUUUCCUAGUUUUUUUAGUUCAGUAAAGUGUGUGUAUUUUUGUGAAUAGAUUUGUGCAUUUGUAAUUAGGAAGCAAAACAUGGAAUCGAUUACUGGAUUAUGUUACUACAGGACGUCCUAUUUCACUUGUAUUUGGGUAACUUUGUUGUGCAGCAGUUUGGCCGUGAUGACCAAAACAAACCAGAGACCAAACAUCGUGCUAAUUCUCACUGAUGAUUUGGACAUCUCUCUCGGCGGGAUGAUUCCCUUAAACAAAACCAGGAAGCUGAUUGGAGAUGCUGGAAUAACCUUUACAAACACGUAUGUUGCCAGUCCUCUGUGCUGUCCCAGCAGAGCCAGCAUCCUGACGGGCAAAUACCCACACAACCACCGGGUCAUCAACAACACAAUGGAAGGCAACUGCAGCAGUCCUGACUGGCAGAAGAGCCAAGAGCCUUCAACUUUCCCGGUCCUACUACAGAAAUAUGGCUACUACCAGACGUUUUUCGCUGGGAAGUACAUGAACGAGUAUGGUAACAAACAGGCUGGAGGAGUGGAGCAUGUUCCCCCUGGAUGGGAUUACUGGUUUGCACUGGAAAAAAACUCAAAGUAUUACAACUACACAUUGUCAGUAAAUGGAAAAGCACAGAAGCAUGGAGAGAAUUAUUCUGAAGACUAUCUUACUGACGUUCUGGCCAACAUAUCAUUAGACUUUCUCCAGUAUAAGUCAACCUACAGGCCAUUUUUUAUGAUGGUGUCCACACCAGCUCCUCAUUCUCCCUGGACAGCUGCACCCCAGUACGAAGGCCAGUUUUCCAACGUCAAAGCCCCAAGAGAUCCUAGUUUUAACACCCAUAGCAAGGAUAAACACUGGCUGAUUCGACAGGCAAAGUCUCCAAUGUCGAACUCCUCUGUGGAAUUCCUGGACAAUGCUUACAGAAAAAGGUGGCGUACUCUUUUGUCUGUAGACGACCUGGUGGAGAAGGUGGUGAAGAAACUGGAAGCCCGAGGAGAGCUGGAGAACACGUAUAUCUUUUUCACCUCUGAUAAUGGCUACCACACCGGCCAGUUUUCCCUCCCCAUUGACAAGCGUCAGCUUUAUGAGUUUGACAUCAGAGUCCCUCUGCUUGUACGAGGACCAAACAUUAAGCCUAACCAGACCAGCCCAUUGCUUGUAGCGAAUAUAGAUUUGGGCCCAACUAUCCUAGACAUGGCAGGUUAUGAUGUCAAUAAGACCCAGAUGGACGGGAUGUCCUUUCUACCGGUUAUGAUUGGAAAGAAUACCACCACAACAUGGAGAACUGACUUUCUGGUGGAGUACGAGGGAGAAGGACACAAUGUCUCUGAUCCAGCUUGUCCCAGUGUGGGGCCAGGAGUCUCAGAGUGUUUUCCAGACUGCGUAUGCGAAGAUGCAUAUAACAAUACGUAUGCUUGCGUUCGCACAGUCUCCCAGUCUACCAACCUGCAGUACUGUGAGUUUGAUGAUAAUGAGGUGUUUGUGGAAGUGUAUAAUCUGACUGCAGACCCCUUCCAGCUCACAAACAUUGCUAAGAGUAUCGAUCAGGAGGUUCUGGAGAAAAUGAAUCAUCGAUUGAUGAUGCUGCAGUCGUGUUCAGGACAGUCCUGCAGGACACCUGGGGUCUACGAUUCACGGUUUAAAUUCGACCCUCAGAUGAUCUUCGACAGUCUCAGGCCUCACGUGAGCCGACUGUGGCAGACACUAAAGUAAAGACGGGAAGAAAGAUUUGAAAACGAUGUUCUGCUGUUUCCUUUUGUGCUGAUCUUCCCUUUCUGAUCGUGACCGUCUUUUACAACCUUGGUCAAGAAUCUGGGCGUGAGGGUUUAUCAGAACAGGACACUACCCUCCUGCAGUCACUCUUUACUGUAUUUCUGAUUCUGACAGCUUUAGUUUUAACAUAGGAUGACUGAAUUCAGUAUUGGACAGAUUUCUUUAUUUUUCCCUGCAUUUUGUUUGUUUGUUUUUUUUGCAUCACCUGAUUAACAACUAAGUUGGAAAGAUUAGAGUAGCACAGAUGACCUGUUUGCAGUGUUCCAGUGAGGUCUUGUCUAUAAUGAAAUAAUUGUUUGUGUUCUUUAGACAUCAGAGAUCUUCUAUUCUAUCAAAUGUAGGCUUCACGUUUUGCUUAACAUGUUUUGACUUUCCUGUUGGACAUUUUUUGUGCUGUAGUUGGUCAAAGCCAAAGUUGAAAAAAUUGAAUGUAUUUCAUUUCAGAAAGCAAUGUGCCUGAUUCUGACCAUUGGUUUUUAUUACAGUAUACAACAUUCAUCACUUUUUCAUCAUAGGGGAACUUGUAUACGAAUCUAAAAGAUUUCCAUACAACUGAUUUUAGUUCAGUUGUGAAUGAGCCAAAGGGAUUCCAAUAUUCCAGUUAGGCAAUUUAAUAACUAUUGAAUGUGAUCUUGUUCUUUUUAGUGCAAGAAAUAAUAUUUUACUAUGUGAGGGCGUGUAAGGGAUAUGAGAUACUGUGUUGCUCUGGUAAAAACAACAGCGUCACUACUAAGGGAAUACUUUCCACAUUGUACUGCUGCAUGUUGAAUAACCGUAUGUGUUUAUCACAUCAUCCUUCUGGCCGGAUUUCAUAUAUUACUAAUGAUUUUGUGUUUUUUGUUGCCUUUUAGUUUUGAGAGAAAAGUCAAUAGUGAUGGUUUACUUUAAUGCUUGUGUAAAUAAAAUAACUGAUUGUCACUGGAGUCGAUAUGAUGCUUUAUUUAACUGAGGCACGUUCUGAUCUGUGAUGUUUUAAUUUUGCACAUAAUUUCUUGAGACUUUUUUUUCCUCUUAAACAAUAAACGACUAUGAGCUUA